UGUUUGGUUGACUUUGGUGCUGUUGACCAUCGAGGCUGUCGAGUCCACCAAGUCACGAUUUCCAACUGAAAACUGCCACAAGAACUAAUCAGAGAAGCCAUCAUCCAAGCAAAGGACCAAUCAACCCAGCUCUAUAAAGGAUUGGGAAGGAUAAACUAUCAAGGAUUGAGAUCGAAGCGAGGCGAAAGAAAAACAUGUCUCAAUCUGAUGCGGAUAUCAAACCGCAGGAUGUCGAGCUACCCCUGUCGUCUCCUGAAUCACCCAAGCUAACUCGUUCUCGUGCCAGUAGACCUCCGAGUAUUGGUGAUGCCAGUCAACUGUUUGGUGGUGGCAACGGGUUGGACGAUUUCUUUGGCCCGCCUUCCACGUUCAGUAACGACUUGGCCCAGCAAGCUUCCCUAUUCGAUCCCGUCCCAGAAGAACCUGCAAAUACCUCAUCCUCCUUCGAUCAUGACCCGUUUGCUUGGCCCUCAAACGAUCAACCCGCUCAACAUCCCUCUCCUAUUCCCAACAAUUCAUCCCAGAUCUCAGAUCCUAACAUCUCAGCUUCUUACGACCCCUCCAGCGUCUUCCCGUCAGAUUAUUCAAAUCCCUACCAACCAGCCCCAGAACCUCACAACUAUAAUCAAGAUCAUCAGACUGCGAACCAGAACAUAUAUUCAUCACCUAGCCUCAACUUUGAUCCGCAAGGCUUCAAUGAUCCUUCACGUUUUGCUUCUCCAGCUUCCUCCUACCCUCAAUCUGUUCACCACUCCUCAACCGGUCUCGGUAUAUCAACUUCAUCACCUCCAGCUCCUUAUGGCCACCGACAGCCAGCUUUGGAUGCCUACAAUCCUUAUGCCCCGGCUGAGACUAAUCCUCCACAGAAUCCUUACCCCUCAUAUGUUCCUCAACAGACUCCAGCUUUCAAUCCUCCCAACCCGCACCUGGCCGAUGUAAUCCCUCGUUCAGUUUCUGUGAAUGCGCUAUCACAUUCAGAUGCAGCCCAUCAAGCUUCUGCUUAUCCGAACCUCCAGCGUCCCAAACUGGUCCAAUCCGCAACCCAAUAUGCCAGCUCACCCUUGAACCGACCAAAAGUUUAUGAUGCUUAUGAUCCGCCAGCUAUCCGCAAAAAGAAACCUUAUGCUUUUAAUACGACCGCCAGUUUGCCUGCUACUCCAGCCUUGGGUGGCGAUGGUUUCCCCACUCAAAUGCCUAUGUCUGGUCUUGGUUCCUUUCCUCAAAAUUUUCCUACCUCCUUUACCCCGCCGCCGCCGCCGCCACCACCACCCAAGCAACGAAGCACUUCAACCCCUGCACACACUCACGACCCCAUUCGAAUGUCAUCCACAGGCUCUAACGAUUUCUAUGCCCAGCCCCCUCAGAUCCUCAAUUCUCAAAGGCACAACCCAACUUCGUUUGAUUCAGAUCCGUACAACUCGACCACAUCCACAGACUACUCCCCUCCGAGUCAUGAGGUCCUUUCGACCUCAAACAUAGACGGCCAAUAUCAUGACUUUUCUCACCAAGCCGACCAAUAUCAGUACGGGCAGUCACCUCAACUUCCUGCCCAAUCUCCAAGCACGCUGUAUAUGCCAACUUCUCAGGUAGAAGAUCCGUAUGCUCCUACUCAUUCAUCACAACCCAACAGUAUUCCGCUGGUUUCGCCAUCCGCCUCAGCCAAUCCAUCUCAGGGAAGCCCUUCAAAUCGUUACGCCAUCGGACAGGGACCCACUUCGCAUUUUGAUGCUCAGGCUACUCCGCCUCUACCCCCUGCCUCCCACGAGCCCACUUACGCCAAUGUACUGAGUGGGAUGCAGAAUAGCAAGCAGAAAGUUGGCAGUCCUCUCAAGAUGUCGAUCAUGGCCAAUGCUGGCGAAGAGGUUGAUGAUCAACAUCAAAAUACGUUUUCGAGCUACCAGAAUGUUGAUUACUCUUCUCAAUUCCAACCGCAAGACCCAGUUGAUGCGCUCAGUUCAGCUACUCGGAAGUUAUCCAUAAACUCUGAGGUCAUGGGCACUGCUGCUCUCAAUCCAGAGGCAAAUCAGUUUAACGAUGGUCCCGUCCCCCAAACUCCACCUAUCAGUUUCGUUGGCACUGCUAAUACAAAGCUGGAGGGCUCGUUUAAUACACCCGAGAAAUCGAUGUCAGUUCCGGAUGUUCAAAUCCAACCAGCGACUCCACAAAUCCCCCUACCUGCGACUUCUGAUGCUGGACAGACCGUUCAAUUUGAUGAUGUGCUAGCUGAUUUAACUUCAACUACUCAAAACCGACCAAAUGAUGAUUCCAAGACUAUGGAGACCAUCCCCCUCGACAACUUUGAUUAUGGUGCUCCCAACGACUCCAACACUCAAUACACCGACUUUCAAUACGGUACUGAGUAUAACUACGAGCCUACGCAAAAUAAUAUGCAAGGGAUUCAUGGACUUGACCACUCCCAAACCUCAAACUCAAAUCGACCUUCAGAUAGUCCGACGUUAUACAAUCCUUAUGGUGCUCUACCGGACUCUGACAAUACAGCCUCGGCCUCAACCCUUCACGGCUAUCCUAGCAGUCAGCCCGCUGAAUUGACCAAUGUCGAUCCGCAUGCUCCAUAUAAUAAUCAACCAUCUGAUUAUAAUCUUAUGGGUGAAACGCCUGCCUAUGGAAGCACAAAUGACCAUUCUCAAUCUCUCUAUGGCUUUCAGCCGGAGGGUUUCACUCAUGACCAAAGUAUGACUUCUCGGGAGAAUGUAUCUAACGACUGGCCACUUGAAUCGAGCUCUGCUGAACAAGUCAAAGGCCCAAGUGCUUAUAAUCCAUACGAUCCGAUUGGCCAAAGUCACCCUGACCUUAUGAGUCGCCAGAUGGAAGAUCCGAUGUCGGAGCGAUUGAAGGCCAGGGUACCUGUGGCCAGCUUUGGCUUUGGAGGGAAAUUGAUCACCGUCUUUCCGACCAGUCAAGGAGGGACGAUCAAUGCAGGGCAAGCGCCUGGAUACGAAGAUCCGUACGGUUCAGGGGGGAUGUUCCCAACAGGCGCUGACUCGGGCACGACCGUUACAUUGCAGCAACUGUCAGAAGUGAUCCCUUCUAGCGACCUUCAAUCUUUCCCGGGCCCGCUCUUCAUGGAUGGCGGCAAUAAGUCCAACCUUGGCAAGAAGCGAAAAGAAGUCGUCGGCUGGUUAGAGGCCAAGCUCGACGAGUCUGAGAAAGAAUUGGUCUUCAUUCAGAGCACCCUAGUCGGUCGCAGCCUCAAUCAAGAUGAGUCGAAUGACGCUAAGGUCGAAAACUUACAGGAUAAGAUCAUGCUUUUGAAGCUCUUGAAGUUGUUGGUCGAAAACGAAGGUAAACUGAGUGGCACUUCCAAGGUAGAUGAAGCCGUACGACUUGUUCUGCAAUCCAUGGACUCUCAACCUGUUGCUGUAGAGGCCACUUCAGUUCUAUCAAGUCUCAGUCCAUCAGAUUCUAACCCACAAGAUAUCAUUACAACUUACCACACUCGCUCAUCCCACUUAGAUAGCAUCCAAGCACUGUUAUCCAAUGGUGAUCGACAAAAAGCUAUUCAAGUUGCAGUGGAGCAAAGGAUGUGGCCACAUGCUUUGAUUAUCGCCAACAGUCUUGGAAGCGAUGUUUGGCGUGAAACGGUAAAAGAAUUCGUUCGUUUUGAGAUGGGCGAUGGUGAUCUGUCUUCGCUCGGACCUGGGCAUCUUGGUUCUGCCCCUUCAUCCCCUGCUUCCAAAGGCAGGGAAGGCUUGAGGACGUUAUACACAUUAUUUGCAGGUGCUGGACCGGCAGCAGUCGACGAGUUCUCUCCUUCCGGCUCACAUAGAUCCUCAUCUCAUUUCGAGUCACAUGCCAUGUCUACCGUGCCUACCGGCAUGGGGGCCAGUCAGUUGGGUACCUCCCGGGCCCCUUCCCCCGCGCCCUUACUCCACCCAGUCCGAUCUUCCAAUGCAAAGAUUCCCAACAAUGUCCUCCACCAAUGGCGCUCAGUGGUGGCGAUGACGAUUUCAAACAGAGUCCCCGGAAGUACACCGUUUCUCUUAAGAUUGGGCGAUACCCUAUUGACCAAUGGUAGAACUUACGCUGCCCAUAUCACGUACCUAUUAUCGAACGGCUUGAUGCCUCAAUUGUCUCUGGAGAAUGGCAAUCGGAUCUCUUUACUUGGCAGUCCAACCAUCAGCAAUCCAGAUAGACCUGGCUUGGAUUUGGAGGCUGUCAUGCUGACCGAAGUUUUGGAAUUUGCGCUCUCCCUGUCACCUGUUCCUAAAAACGUCGAGCAAUUUAUCGGAAUCCCGCAUUUGCAAGCUUAUCGUUUGGCACUUGGACUUGAGUAUGCAACCUUCGGAUUGGUCGACAGGGCAAACAAGUACUGCGAAGCUUUGGCGGCUACCCUGAAACUAGCAACCAAGCCUUGUCCUUUCUAUCACGCUCCUCUGUUCGAUCAGAUCAAAGCACUUUCGGGUCGACUAUCAGCGACACCUCUGGCUGAUAAAGGCUCUUCAUGGAUCGCUCGAAAGAUGCCACGACCUACGUUGGAUAAUGUGUGGCAAACUCUCGAGGGGCGUGUGCAUAAAUUUGUGGCGGGUGACGAUGAUGAAGGAAGCAAUCAAGCAGCGUCCACUUCGAUCGGUUCCGCCUCGCAGAACAACAAAGUCCUUGGACCAUUCUCCCACUACAGUUCAAUUUCUCCCGGGAGCGUUUCUGGCUCCGUGUCUCGCGUCCAAUCUUCGAAUGAUUUGGGCCAGAUAAAUACCCAGACUACCGGCGGCUUGGCCGGUCCAUUCCAUCAUAACGCCAACCUUCAAAGACCAUCCUCCGGCGCCGGUUAUUCGCCUUCAUACUACAGUAAAGACCCACGGAGAGCCUCGCCUUCAAACCAAUACGAAGGCACGAGCCUCUCCCCAGUUGAUUAUGCUGGAUUCCGUGGCCAGACCAGUAGCGUACCGCCUCUAAAUAGCUACGAGCAAAUUGGAACAGCGACGGGCUCGCCUGCCAAUCCGUCGUCCCCCGGCGAAACCGUGACAGGUGAGAAUGCUGCGACAACCAGCUCUGGAGGCGGAUGGUGGGAGGCCUCCAACAGCUACGGAACGCCGGCCAAUAACACCUCACAGCCGGUGUUCGAAACAAUCCAGGAUACGCCGAUCGCAGAUGAUGGAUCUGGCUUCAUAGAUCCAAUGGCUUCCUUCGGGGGCCCUACCUUUGGUAGCCCCAUCCCCUCAAUGAUGCCUUCUCAUAAUAAUUUCGAAUCUUCUCAAGCUUCUAAAACUGACUUCAUCGACGACGAGGAAGACUUGGGCUUUGGUAAUAGUAGCUCUCGUAAACGCGAUAGAGGCUCUAAUGCUGGAAUUGAUAACGAUCAACGAACUACUGAUAGUCCUUCUAAUCAACGCAACACGGAAAAGAAUGACGGCAAAUCGGCUGAGACAGAUUCAGAAAACAAAACCGUCAAAAACGCACCAUCGUCUUCCUGGUUAGGCAGAUGGUUCAAACGGGACUCAGGUGCUCAAGCGCCCCCAGGAAGUGGGCCAGUGAAGGCGAAUCUGGGUGAAGAUUUCUCGUUGGUAUAUGAUCCAGAGACGAAGCGCUGGGUGAACAAGAAAGCAGGGGCAUCUCAGAGUGCUUCACCAGGGGGCUCAACGCCGCCGCCCCCGCGUGCCCAAACAGCCUCGCCAACGAGCGCCAUGCGACCUGCACAAAUGCCCCCAACAAGAACGUCAACUAACAGUCCGGGCCCCAGUCGGGUCUUCUCAUCUGGCGUGCCUCCCCCACCUGCAAUGAGUAGAAGUAACACCACUGGGAUUAAUAACGACAGGAGCAACAGCUUGGACAUCUCUCCCUCGUCUCCUGCCCCCGCUGCUCAUCACUCUUCGGAUGAUCACAAACAAAACCCUACUACAAAUACUCCUCCCCCUCCUCCUUCCUCCAUCGCUGGUAAAAAAGCUAACGCCAAGAAAAAUAUUCGGUCUCGAUACGUCGAAAUUAGAUAACGAUCAUCAUCAUCUUUUUUUUCUCUUUCCCUUUUCUUCUCUUUUUUAUUUCUUCCACAAUUUUGAUUACUCAGUUGUUAUGUUAUGACAAAGUGGAUUUUUUUCGGUUUGUUCUGUUCUUAGAUCAGAAAGAUAGAGCGAACAGACAGAUAGGGGUGAAGCGGGGGGGGAGGGGGAGAUAAGUACAAAACAAGCAUUCACCAACUCAAAUUAAUCAGUAAAUUAGAACUGUUAGUUUAGGAGUGUAAUCAGUAAACAAUAUCACUCAUCUGACUUAAAAUAUUAUACACAUCUUGAUUCCUCUUAUUUCUGAUUUCCUUAUUAUUGUUUUUUUGCUGGUUUACUUGUUUUUCUCUACUUUCUUCUCUCUAGUGGUUCUAGUCAUGAAAUAUUCUAUGUAGAUAUACACAAUGAUAAAAAAAGCAGCAUUCCUUUUUCUUUAUUUGUUUGGUCUUUUUAGUCUAGUUGAAUGAAAGAAUGAAUGUGUGUGUGGCUAUGCUCUAUUUUAUCCUCUUGCUAUCAAGCUCUCCUUUUCCUUUCUUUGCUGUUUUGAUUUGUGUUAGAUGGUCAUGACCAACCUUAGAAAAGCUUAUGAGUGCAAGACUUUAAGAAAACAAAAAAAAGUAAAUACAUA